AUGAGACGUGCGAACGGUGGCGGUAGAGACCCUGCAGGAACAACUAUACGACUGAUUACAUGGUCCAAAAAUAAAAUUUGGGGGAGGGGGAAAAUAAAAUUUGACCAUAGCUGCCGGAAGUGGUACGUAGGACGUCCGCGUGGUGUCGGAGAGAGGUGGUGGUCGGAACGCAAACCGGUGUCGGAGAGUGUGUGCUGGAAAAAUGAGUCGAAAUUGUGUGUAGUCGACUUUCGGUCGGUGUCGUAUUUCAACUUUGGCGCUAGCCCAGCCGAGUGCGGAGGCCAGUUCGGAAUUCCUACGCUGGCGACGGCGACCGACCGUACGCGACGCGCGUACCUCCACCACCACUCCAGCGACCGAUACCGCGCGACGACACAACCUUGA